AUGUGCAUCGCUCGACGUGACGGAGUCUCGGGCUCGACCAAUGUGCAGGGUCGUGUAGUGUUGCCCACCAACGUGAAGCCAACACACUAUGAUUUGACUCUCGAGGUGGACUUUGAGAAAUUCACCUACGAUGGAACGGUCGUGAUUGACCUGGGGGUGAGCAAAGACACGGACUUCGUCUCCCUUAACUCGAAAGAGAUCGACAUUCACAGUGCUAUAAUUUCAGCCAAGGGAUCGGUAGUGGAAUCUAAUCCUGAGAUCUCCAUUAAUGAGGAUGUCCAGACAGCAACGAUCAAGCUCAAUCAGGUCCUCUCGGCAGGAUCCGAUGCUCGGCUGAAGCUCACCUUCACUGGUACUUUGAACGAUGAUAUGGCCGGCUUUUAUCGGUCCUCAUUCAAGAUCAACGGCGAGACCAAGUAUAUCGCUUCAACGCAGAUGGAGGCGACCGACGCUCGCCGAGCCUUCCCCUGCUUUGAUGAACCUGCCCUCAAGGCGAAGUUCACUGUGACUCUGAUUGCGGAUAAGAGCAUGACGUGUCUGAGCAACAUGGAUGUUGUGUCGGAGACGGAUUUGCAGGGAAGUGAGAAGAAGGCUGUCAAGUUUAACACCACGCCUCUCAUGUCGACGUAUCUUCUCGCCUUCAUCGUGGGCCACCUCAACCACAUUGAAUCCAACAGCUUCCGAGUGCCGAUUCGAAUCUAUGCCACUCCUGAUCAAGAUAUAGAGCACGGUCGGUUCUCACUAGACCUCGCUGCCAAGACAUUGGCUUUCUACGAGAAGACGUUUGACAGUGAAUACCCGUUACCAAAAAUGGACAUGGUGGCAGUGCCUGACUUCAGCGCCGGAGCCAUGGAAAACUGGGGUCUUAUUACCUACAGAAUUGUCGAUUUGCUGCUAGAUGAAAAGACUAGCGGUGCAUCGCGCAAGCAGUACAUUGCCGAGACUGUCCAGCACGAAUUGGCUCACCAGUGGUUUGGCAAUUUGGUUACCAUGGACUUUUGGGACGGCCUCUGGCUCAAAGAGGGUUUUGCGACCUGGAUGUCGUGGUUUUCGUGCAAUGUUUUCUAUCCAGAAUGGAAUGUGUGGCAGACCUACAUUAUUGACACCCUCCAGGACGCUCUGUCGCUUGACUCACUGCGUAGUAGCCACCCGAUUGAAGUACCUAUCAAGCAUGCCGAUGAAAUCAAUCAGAUCUUUGAUGAUAUUUCGUACUUCAAGGGCUCCUCCGUUGUGCGCAUGAUUUCCAAAUAUCUAGGAGAGGACGUGUUUUUGCAAGGUAUUCGAAACUAUAUUAAGAGUCACGCAUAUGGGAACACCGAGACUGGGGACCUAUGGGUUGCCUUGGCUGAUGCCAGCGGCAAACCUGUCCAGGAGGUCAUGGACAUCUGGACCAAGCACGUUGGUUAUCCGGUUCUUACCGUUACUGAGAAUCCAGAAACCUCGUCCAUCAGCUUGAAGCAGAACCGUUUCUUGCGUACUGGUGACGUUCGCAUAGAGGAGGACACAAUCCUAUACCCCUGCAUGCUGGGAUUGCGCACCAAGGAUGGCGUGGAUGAGGACACCAUGCUAAUGGAGCGCGAGGGGGAAUUCAAGGUCGACCUGGAUUUCUUCAAGCUCAAUGCUGACCACUCCGGUAUUUAUCGUACUUCCUACUCCCCAGAGCGCCUGCUGAAGCUGGGCCAGGCUGCUCGUGACGAUCUGUUAACGGUUGAGGACCGGGCUGGUAUGAUUGCCGACUGUAGUGCCUUGGCUGCUUCAGGCUACCAAAAGACCUCUGGCCUGCUGUCGCUCCUCCAAGGUUUUGAUACUGAGUCGGAGUUUGUGGUCUGGAAUGAGAUGCUUAACGGCAUUGGCAGCCUGCGCGCCGCCUGGGCAUUUGAGAAUGGCAGAAUCAAAGAUGCACUCAAGGAGUUCCAGCGCUCACUGGUCACUUCUAAGGCACAUGAACUAGGCUGGCAGUUUUCUGAUAAAGACGACCACGUUAUGCAACAGUUCAAGGCCCUUAUGUUCGGCUCUGCUGGUAAGGCAGGGGAUCCAACUGUCGUCAAGGCUGCAUAUGACAUGUUCGCCGCUUUUGCAGCUGGCAACGUGGCCGCCAUUCACCCAAACCUCCGCGAUAGCGUCUUCACUAUUGUCCUAAAGCACGGUGGCACCAAGGAGUACGACAUUGUGCUUGACCGCUUCCGACAUGCUCCUUCUUCGGACGAGAAGGUCAUAGCCUUACGCUGCCUCGGUGCCGCUGAAGACCCAGCUCUCGUCCAGCGUACUCUGGACCUGGUGAUGAGAUGUGAGGUCAAGAACCAGGAUAUUCACACGGCUCUGGGAGGUCUCGGAAACUUCCCUGCUGGCGUUGAGGCUCGCUGGGACUGGCUGAAGAAGAACUGGGACACGAUCUACGUGCGCCUUCCACCAGCCCUUGAAAUGCUGAGUGUCGUCGUGCAGCUGUCCACUUCUUGCUUCUGCACAGAAGAUCAGCUGAAGGACGUCAAAAUUUUCUUUGACGCCCAAAACACCAAGGGCUACGACCGAACUCUUGAGCAGAGCCUCGAUACCAUCCGUGCUAAAAUCAACUGGCUGCUGCGAGACCGCAAGGAUGUGGAAUCCUGGUUGAGCCAGAAUCAACAUCUUUAG